AGAGAUUUUUGUGUGUAUCAUUGUUUGGUGAAAAUGGUAGCCGCCCSGGUCCACUCCUCCAGCUUAAUCAACUCGCCUCGGCUGGCGUAUGCUAUUGAAAUUGAGAGCUCACCUUGAAUCCAAGCGUUUGCCGCUCGGUUCUCCGGAUCUGCAUAUUCGUGUCCGUGGCUAAGAUAAAAUCUCUGUAGUGUGACUGGAGAUACACACACACACAGGGCGAUGGCUAGAGCUGGAGGAAUUACUAACGCAGUGAACGUAGGGAUAGCGGUUCAAGCCGAUUGGGAGAAUCGCGAGUUCAUAUCUCAUAUUUCCAUCAAUGUCCGUCGUCUCUUUGAUUUCCUCGUUCAUUUUGAGGCAACAACAAAGAGCAAGUUGGCAUCUUUGAACGAGAAGCUUGAUACUCUGGAGCGGCGGCUUGAAAUGCUUGAAGUCCAAGUCAGUACUGCAUCUGCUAAUCCAUCUCUUUUUACCACUUAAUGUUUACUCCACCUUGUAUAAAAACAGGCAGUUCCCUUGUAAUAUUUGUCUUGUUUCCAUUAGUGCCAACGAAAUAUGAGGAUCUUGUAACCCAGUUUAUGAGUUCAUAUUGAUAGUAAAGCCAUAUCUGUCUAGUA